AUGGCGUCUCUGUCAGGUUUUAUGGCUUCCAACUCCGCUGCAAUCGCCGGGAUCUCCGCUUCAGGAGGAGCCACCCGCUCCCCUCGCCCUUCCCGUUCCGCACCAGCUCCAUUCCUGACGAGCUCCGUUCUCCCUCGCCGUUGCACCAUCACAACCGGUCCCAACCGAUCGAUCUUCCCUUCUUGGCACGGCGUGCACUCUCCUACUAGCUUCAGGAGGUCGACAACCCCCUACCCCACUCUGCUGAGAACCAGCUGUAAGACCAGGAAAAUGGGCUUUAACUAUGGCUCCAGUUCAAGACUGCCGCUGCUUGCUGCUGCUUCUGCUGGUGAUGCCGGUGCUGGUGGUGAUGGGGAUGGAGGGCACAAGGUAGGAACAGGAGAGAGGGAAGAAUUGAUAGGAGAUUUGGAGGCAGUUGGGGAGCUGGAAGGGAGUGGAACAAUCGGGGAGGAGCAGGAGGAGCAGGAGGAACAGACUAAGGAGCAGGCGUCAGCAGGGGUGCCUUCUCUUGCUUCUGAUCAACCCAAUCAAUGGCUCACAGCACAUCUGGACUUGAGUGAGGUGAAGCGGCAGCUGCAACGGUCGAAUGAACGGACAGCAGAGAACCUGAAGCACCUGAGAAAUCGCCUAAACGCGUCCAACGAGUGGACGCUUAGCCACCUGAAGAAGGGGCACCAGUGGACGUCUGAGCACCUGAGAGAAUCAAAUCAACGGACACGGGAGCAGCUGCAGCAUCUGAUUCACUCCGAGCAACUGCUCCAUUUGGAGGAGCGUCUGGACGUGCGGGCACUGAAGGCAAGGCUAAACGCAUCUAACGCCAAGACCAGGGCGCAGCUGAGGCACCUGGGAGUCAACCUGGAGCACCUGGAGGGGCACCUGGACGUGGGGGCGCUGAAAGCAAGGCCAGUGGGCACCGAGCUGCUGCAGGAGCUGGACUGCGCGGUGAUCGGCCAGAUCCCUCAGGGUCUGCGGGGUAGGUUCAUUCGCAAUGGCCCGAACCCGCAGCUGCCACCCUCCAGCCCUGACCUCUACCACUGGUUCGACGGGGACGGCAUGGUACAUUCAGUGAACUUUCACCCCCCUGGGGAGAACUCUCACAGUCACCCUCGUGAAGCCCGUGAGGAGAACUUUCACUCCCCGCAAGUGAGCUACGGGCGGCGCUACAUCCGAACGACAGGCUGGCAGGAGGAGCGGGCGGCGGGGCGGGCGCUGUUUGGAGGGUUGCAGCAGGUGGGGUUGGGGGCGAGCCAUUUGCUGCUGGCUGCGAUGAACCUUCUCGGGCUGAGACAGCAGGACGCGCCUAUGUGGAACAUGACCAAGAACGUGUCAAACAACCACUUCAUUCAGCACGCUGGUCGCCUCCUCUCCCUCUGGGAAGCAGGCCUGCCCUACUCCCUCGACUCGUCAACCCUCGACACCAAGGGCGUCCACUCGUUUGAUGACACGUGGCGCAGCGGAAUGACAGCUCACCCGAAAGUGGAUCCGGUUACCAACCACAUGAUGAUCUACGGUUAUAACCUCACGCACAAGCCGUAUCUGCGCUACGGGGUGGUUGACCCCUCUGGCUCCCUCAUUCAUGCCACUGACCUCGACCUGCCGCACCCUGUCAUGAUGCAUGACUUCGCCAUAACACAGCACCACAGCAUUUUCCUCGACUUCCCGCUUCGCUUCCAGCUAGACAAGGUCAUUCAGUCACACGGCAAGGCCAAGCCCUUCGUCUUCGACCCGUCCAAGCCAUCCCGCAUCGGAGUGCUUCCCCGCUUUGGCUCUAAUCCAGACAUGCGCUGGUUCACUGUGGACGCAGGGUUCUCUCUUCAUGUGGUCAACGCAUUUGAAGAACCCUCCUCCGCCCCCACCUCCUCAUCCCCCUCUCCCUCCUCCUCCUCGUCCUCCCCCUCCUCCUCCACCCCGGACUCUCCUCCUCCCGCCAUCAUCCUACGUGUCAUCCGCUUCCCCGCCUUCUCAGCGCUGGGCCUUGCUGAGCUGGCAGAUGAGCUGGCGUGUGAUGAGGUGGCACGAUUGCAUGAGUACAGGCUGGAUCUGCAGUCGGGAGCAGUAGAAGAGCGCUCUUUGUGCAAGGUGUGCUGCGACUUCCCUUCCAUCAACCCCAACUUCCUCAGCCUUACCCCUUCACCUUCCCCAUUUUGCCUUCCCCAUUUUGCCUUCCCCGUUUUGCCUCUCAUCCCUUCUUUCUCCCCACCUGCACAGGUGUGCUGCGACUUCCCUUCCAUCAACCCCAACUUCCUCAGCCUUACCCCUUCACCUUCGCCAUUUUGCCUUCCCCAUUUUGCCUUCCCCGUUUUGCCUCUCAUCCCUUCUUUCUCCCCACCUGCACAGGUGUGCUGCGACUUCCCUUCCAUCAACCCCAACUUCCUCAGCCUUACCCCUUCACCUUCCCCAUUUUGCCUUCCCCGUUUUGCCUUCCCCGUUUUGCCUCUCCUCCCUUCUUUCUCCCCACCUGCACAGGUGUGCUGCGACUUCCCUUCCAUCAACCCCAAUUUCACGGGCCGUCCCCAUCGCUUCGCCUACUCUGCCCGAUUCACAGCACAGCCCGGCCCAGGUGAGGGUGAAGCGUGCAGAGGCAUGGACCUGAGGGAUGUAGAGGGAUGGAGGUGGGUGGGCAGGGAGGGUGAUGGUGGGCAGGGAGGGGGUUUGGUAGACUCAUCCCCCAUCGGUUCGCCUUACUCUGCCCGAUUCACAGCACAGCCCGGCCCAGGUGAGCGGUUCAGAGGAAUGCUGGUGGGUGGCAGGGAUGCAGGUGGGUGGGCAGGGAUGCAGGUGGGUGGGCAGGGAUGCAGGUCGGUGGGCAGGGAUGCAGGUGGGUGGGCAGGGAUGCUGGUGGGUGGGCAUGGGUGGGUUAGUAGCAGUCCGGAUGAGGUGCGGUGUAGUAACAGCACCACCGUCCCCUCAUUCAACGCCAUCAUGAAGCAUGACUUAGCACAGGGCACGUACCAGGUACAUACCCUCCCACCGGGGAGGUUUUGUGGGGAGCCCGUGUUUGCUCCACGCCACCACUUUCAGAGCAGCAGCAGGUCGCAGAGCGGUGAAACGCGGUCAGAUGAAGUUGGAAUGGGUAGAGAUAUGGUGGGACUGGGUGCUGAUGCGGUUGGAAUGGGUGCAGAGGAGGAGGAUGAUGGGUGGGUGUUGGCACAUGUAUGGGAUGAGGAGGAGAUGAGGAGUGAAGUGAUUGUGCUGGAUGCAAUGAAUCUGGACAAGCAGCCACUGGCACGGGUCAUUCUGCCCAAGAGGGUGCCAUAUGGCUUCCAUGGGACGUUCCUUCCUGACUGA